AUGCCGGACGAUCGGGAACAGCGCAUAGAUGAUGCGCUGGCAUCGCUAGUGGAGGCAUUUUUACCUAUUGAAUCCGAUGAGGACGAGGCCAUUGCGGAUGAAAGGCAUGAUGUUGCAUUUGAGAGAGCGAGGUCGACUCUGCGGAGAACGCAAACCAUAGCUCCGUCCGUUUCGUCAGAUGUCAAUGCUGCGAGUGAUUUAAUUAAGCGGAAAUUGAUACGAGACAAUGCUCUGCCGGACAGAGCUUUAAGGUUUUCAACGCUCUAUUCGCGACUUCUGACGCAACCGGUUCUACUACAGAAAUGGGGUAUCCUCUAUUUUCUUCACCAGGUCGCAACGCCAGAAGACCCACCACGGACACCGUUGACGCCCCGAUAUACCCGGAGCUUUGGUGAUGCACGAACACCACGAGAACCCUCUCCAUCACCGGAAAGGGAGACAACGCCACCUCUACCUUCACCGAGGAGGAAGCAGAGUCAACCUGAAGCUGUUCUGAAAGAAGCCUUUUCUCAGUCGGGGUUGCCAAGACUGCCGGCAAGGGACGAAUGGCAGCGAAAGCGCGCGGACGGCGAAAAUGGGCCUGAAGAAGACGGACAAAAGACUUCGAAAACAUCUUUUGCGCCAGAACCCUCGAAAGAGAAAGAUUUAUCAACCCCAGGUCCACCGAGUGAACAGGCAUUACUACGGGACCUGCCUUUCACGCUCCAAGGCCUGUCCUCGACAAAUCUUCAAUUCACAUCACCGACGGUGUUAGCGCUACCGAAUAAUCUUCCGCCCCCAAUAAUUUCGCUCAUCCAUGCUUUGGCUGAGCCUGCACUUCUGUACAAAGAACUUGCUGCUUUUGUUGAGAGCUCUGAGGGCGGCUUAGUUGGUCAGAGUCUCCGCGCUGCAAUGGUGACCGAACUGAGGUCAUACUUGGGACUAGUUGCUACGCUGGAGGGAGAGAUUAGGCGUGCUUUGGCAAUGAUUAAUGAGAAGGAGCCCCGAGGUGGCAUUGGAAAGUCCGGCGUUACCUUGAAACGCUGCGUGAUAUGGACUCGAGAGGCGACUCUCGGCUUACGGCUGAUGAGUUUGAUAGUUGAAGAGUCAAAGGACAAAAAGGGCGGCCAGUUAAUUUCUCUUAUCCAUAGCUUCUCAACGUCCCAUGGGGAUCCGUUUGUUAGUGCGUUUGCAGAACGGCUGCUCACGCAUGUGACGAGACCGUUCUAUGAUAUGCUACGACAGUGGAUCUAUGACGGUGAGCUCUGUGAUCCAUAUCUGGAAUUUUUUGUCUUUGAACAAAACCCCGCCAUGAGCGCAGAUGCGAGCACAGAUACACGGAAAGCCGGCGCGACCAGCGUGUGGGAAGACAAAUAUAAGCUCGAAGAGAAGAUGACACCCAGCAUUAUUACCAUGGACUUUGCGAAGAAAGUGUUCUUAAUUGGAAAAAGCUUGAAUUUCAUCCGCUACGGCUGUGGUGAUUCUAAUUGGGUAGAGAAUUACUCAAAAAGUACCUCCAAGGAGCUACGAUAUGAAGAUACAGCCACACUCGAGGCUUCUAUUGAUGAAGCAUAUAAGACCACUAUGGCCCGCCUUAUUCACCUCAUGGCUGAUAAAUUCAAACUAUUUGAGCAUCUUAAGGCUCUCAAGAAAUACAUUCUUCUCGGCCAAGGCGACUUCAUCGCCUUACUGAUGGAGUCACUCGCCUCCAACCUUGACCGGCCAGGACGCAACCAAUAUCGACAUACAUUAACAGCACAACUGGAGCACGCUAUCCGCGGUUCCAAUGCCCAGUAUGAUUCCGACGACAUCCUACGCCGUCUGGACGCCCGCAUGCUUGAGCUCAGCGUCGGCGACACGGGCUGGGACCUUUUCACCCUGGAAUACAAGAUCGACGCUCCUGUUGACGUUAUCGUUACCCCCUUCGGAUACCGACAAUACCUCAAAGUCUUCAACUUCCUCUGGCGUGUGAAGCGUGUCGAAUUUGCACUCGGAAGCAUAUGGCGCCGCUGUAUGACUGGUGCACGCGGUGUCCUCUCUAGUGUCGAAGACAAAGUCGGCGAAGACUGGAAACGCGCACGAUGCGCUGUUGCGGAGAUGAUCCAUUUCGUAAAUCAACUGCAAUACUACAUUCUUUUCGAAGUCAUUGAAUCUAGCUGGGACGCCUUGCAAGCUGCCGUGUCCAAACCGCGCUGCACACUCGACGAUCUCAUUGAAGCGCACGCAAAAUACCUCGAGUCCAUUACGCAUAAAGGCCUGCUCGGCUCCGCAAAGACUAGUAGAAGCAAUAGCACCGAAUACGGGUUUCUCGCCCAAUUACACGAGAUUCUCAAAGUCAUGCUUGCCUACAAAGACGCCGUGGAUGGCUUAUAUUCCUUUUCAGUUGCCGAAUUUACUCGUCGGCAGGAAUUGAACGCUAAAAUUGAAACUCGUACGGCCCAGGGCAAAUGGGGAAUGACAGAGCAUGACGAUGACGAUCUCCUCUCGCCUGAUAUCGGACGCGGUCGUGGCUCGAGAGGCUCUGAAACCCCGUUUUCCCGAGUAGGUGGCUUUGCCGGCGCAGGUAGUGCUGGCGAGAAAGAAGACCAACUACUCCCAUCGCUUAGACAGCGCUUAAAACAGCUUUCUGCAGAAUUCCGAGCCAAUGUCAAUGUGCUUUUGGGAGAUUUGGCAUACCAGCCGGAUCUGGAUAUGCGAUUCUUAGGCGUUGUGAUGAAUUUCAAUGAUGUCUAUCAGCCUGUCAAGAGGAAGCGGCGUGAUCGAGAGAGAGAACCACGGGAACAUCGCGAGCACAGAGAACACAGAGAGCAAAGGGACAAGGUUAAAGAUAAACAGAAAGAUGCAGAUAGUAAGAGCAACGCCGGCGGCGACCGCGACCGUGACAGAUAUAGCGAUAGGGAAAGGGAAAAGGAAAAGCAAAGACAGGCCGAGAAGGAAAGGGAAAGGGAAAAGAGAAGAUUGAAUCGUGCAAAGUCUGUGACGAGUGAGACUUCAUCAAAGGUCUAA